AUGGAAUUGACCAAAAUGUCAGACAUGACAAAGCUUCACCAAGCUGUGGCUGUAGGGGACUACAAUUUAGUGAAAAAGAUUUUGAAAAAAGGUCUCUGUGACCCAAACUACAAGGACGUGGACUGGAAUGACCGGACUCCACUUCACUGGGCUGCAAUCAAAGGACACAUGGGGGUGAUGCACCUGCUGAUAGAAUAUGGAGCCAGGCCCUGCCUGGUGACCGAUGUGGGCUGGACCCCAGCUCAUUUUGCGGCUGAGUCAGGCCAUCUGAAUGUCCUCAAAACUCUCCACGCGUUGCAUGCUGCCAUUGACACCCCUGACUUCUUCGGAGACACACCCAAAAGGAUUGCACAGAUCUAUGGGCAGAAAGCCUGUGUGGCCUUCCUGGAGAAGGCCGAGCCCGAGUGCCUGGGCCACCGCCGCGCCGCCCGGCAGGAGGGGCUGCCGCUGGAUGAGCGGGACGCAGAGUGGGACGCCAAGAAGAAAGAGCUGGAGCUGUCUCUUCCUUCCCCAAAUCGAAAUACUAAAAAAAAGAGCAAGAAAAGUCGAGGCCCCCACAGGCUCAGCAACAUCAAGGAGCAGAGACUAUGAAAAGGCUGGAGCCUGGGGGACUCCUGUGUUUAAAUGGCAGGAGACUUUCCCCCGCCCCAGACUAAAGGUCUUGGGCAUGUGUUGUCUUCACAUGAUUUCACUCACAGAUUCUCAGCCCGCUUCUGCCAGAAGCUCAUGACCUGUCUUUCACUUUGAAAGUCUUGCCCGCGUGCUCUGUACGUGGGCUGUUGUAUUCUUGCUAAAAUCUGUUUGAUCACAAGAAUACAGGAGGGACAAAUGUCAGCUGCUUGCUCACUGUCAUCAGUGAUUUGCACUGUCAGCACCCCCUGACACCCCUCCCCACUCCCUCCCUCCAAUUAAAGAAUUUCAGGGGACAAAGAAAGAGUACUCUUAAGGAA